AUGGGGUGGCUUUGGAUCGCUGUGGCAACGUGUGUACUCACGUCCUGCUCUGUCAAAGGAAAUGACUGGUGGUCGGAGUAUGAAGAGGGGAUUCGGCACUACAGCAAGGAGGCCCUCAAUAAGGAGUUUCCAGAGAAAACCCGGCCAGUGAGCUUCAAGCAUCCUGUGUUCCAGUGCUCAGACAUGGGUCCUUCUCCCUCUGUCCCCUCCUCAGUUGAAUUUGUGAAGGCGGCGGAUAUCAAAGUCAUCGCCGCCUUGGGGGAUUCUCUGACAACGGCUAUCGGCGCCAACGCCACCACUGUCCUCGGCAUUCCCAUCGAGUUUCGUCACGUGUCAUGGAGCAUUGGAGGCUAUGGGACAUAUCAAGAUGUCAUUACUUUGGCAAAUAUCAUCAAGCUGUUUAACCCCAAUCUGCUUGGAGCUUCUCCUGGAAAGACAGUUCAUGGGAUGCAGGCUCAUAUCAGUGAAACGGGCUUCAACUUGGCCGUAACUGGACACAACACCUUCAAUCUGCCCGGUCAGACGAGACAUUUGAUAGACACACUGAGAGGUUACGAGGGUCUCAACUUUGAAGAGGACUGGAAGCUUUUGACUAUUCUCAUGGGCAUGAAUGACAUCUGUGAUUACUGCAAAGAUAAAGCUCUUUUUUCAGUCGAUAACUUCAUCCACUAUAUGACCGUCUCGUUGGAAAUGCUUAUGAAUGAGGUUCCCCGUAUGAUUGUGAACGUGGUUCAGAUCCUCCCCAUGCAGACUUUGAGGGAGGUGCAGAAGCCCACCCCAGGGUGCUUGCUCCAGCGGUCUUUCUGCUCAUGCCUGAUAGAGCCAGUAGCCAGAUCUCCUGAACUGCGGGAGCUGGUGGAGGUCAAUCUGGAAUUCCAGAAAAGACUCGAGAAGCUGCUGUACAGCGACCGCUUCUUCAGGGACGACUUCGCCGUUGUUCUCCAGCCCUUUCUGAAGCACGCUGACCCGCCCCGCCUCCCGAACGGGAAGAUCGAUAUGACUUUCUUCACUCACGACUGCUUCCACUUUACCAUAAAGGGACAUGAGGAGCUGGCCAAGGGACUGUGGAACAACAUGGUGAACAAUAAGUUGUAUUUGAUUUAA